UUUCAGCGGCAUAGCAGACAAGAUUAUGUAGAAAUGCCGAAGCUACGUGUUGGCAUGUGUACAGGAGCCACGCCAAAGCUUCUCCAGACAUUAGAAGAACUUGGAAUUUGUUCCGUUACUGAUUACAUUUCGUCCAACCUAGAGAAAAUAUCGUCUGAGCGUUCGUUACCGUACAAGGACCUGUUGUCAAUACGGCGUGUGUUACUGGCUCAGUAUUCUGCCUUUCCUGUGACCGGGGCUGACGUUUACACUCACCUCCUCUCAUCUGUCUCCAUCCUGUCCACAGGAUCACAAGUAUUAGACCAACUGUUAGAUGGAGGAAUAUAUACCGGAGAGCUUACAGAAGUAGUAGGGGAUAUUUCAGCUGGUAAAACACAGCUCUGUUUUACCGUGGCUGCCGUGGUUGCCAUGGAAACGAACAAAAGUGUCUUGUUCAUAGACACAUGUGGGUCAUUCACAGCGGAAAGGUUGGAAGAGGUGCUGGAGGAACGUGGCUGUAAGGAUAUCCCAGCAUCCCUGAACUGUAUCUGCUGUGAGCAGAAGUUGGACAUCUUCAGUCUUCUGGAAAUGUUGGAGGAAACCCGAUCAAAUCUGGCCAGGAAGUCAGAUGAUUUUCACACCUCUCUCAAGUUGAUCGUUGUGGACAGUGUGACUAGGGUUAUCUCCCCUGUAUUAGGAGGCCAGCAGUCUGAUGGUCAUGCUCUGAUGUGUCAGAUAGGCCUAAAACUGAGAUUGAUCAGCUCUGAGUUCUCCUGUGCUGUUCUGGUGACUAACAACUUGUUGGGAGCAGACUUCGGAGCCGUAAACAUAGCCUUGGGGAGGACCUGGCUCCAUUCUCCACACACACGCGUUGUACUUCAACGGCAGGAGAAGACAACAGCCAACACACGCAGAGCAAGGCUUGCCAAAAGCUCAAGACUGGCAAUCAGUAAAGGAUCAGUGGUAAUUCAGCUGACACCGAGAGGAGUGGACGAUGUCACAUGA